GCUGGCCAGCAGCGCUGGUGGGAGCAGGAGAUCUCCGUCAACGGGAACAUCCAGAAGGGAGAGCUGAUCACCUACAACCUCACCGAGCUCAUCAAGCCAGAGGCCUACGAGGUCAGACUGACACCCAUCACCAGAUUUGGGGAGGGGGACUCCACGAUUCGGGUCAUCAAAUACAGCGCUCCAGUGAAUCCUCAUCUACGAGAGUUCCACUGUGGCUUCGAGGAUGGCAACAUUUGCCUCUUCACUCAAGACGACACAGACAACUUUGACUGGACGAAGCAGAGCACUGCCACGAGGGACACCAAGUACACCCCCAACACGGGGCCCAACGCCGACAGGACGGGCUCCAAGGAAGGUUUCUACAUGUACAUCGAGACGUCCCGGCCCAGGCUGGAGGGGGAGAAGGCCAGGCUGGUCAGUCCCGUGUUCAGCGUCGCUCCCAAAAACCCCUACGGAGCCACCAACACGGCCUACUGCUUCAGCUUCUACUAUCACAUGUAUGGACAGCACAUAGGAAGCCUGAACGUUUACCUGAGGCUGAAAGGUCAGACUGCGAUAGAGAACCCCUUGUGGUCCUCGAGUGGGAACAAAGGCCAGCACUGGAACCAAGCCCGUGUGAACAUCAACCCCCCCACCUCAUUCCAGCUCAUCUUUGAGGGGAUCCGUGGCCCUGGCAUCGAAGGGGACAUUGCUAUUGAUGACGUGUCCAUCGUGGAAGGAGAGUGCAUGAAGUCAGACCAGCCGGCCAACAAUUUACGAUCAGGUGCUGUUGGGACAUUAUCACAUAUACGACUCCUCCCACUUCUCAUCCUCAUGUCUGUCUUAAGUCAUCAGAGGUGACCUUAUCCUGGCAGAGGCUACAAAAGAUUCACCAGGCACUGGGCAUGAAGAAAGAGUCUUUGUAAAAUGGACAUUUAAAAACAAACUACCAAAGAUUCCUCCACUGACUGACUCGAAAGUUAAAUAAAUACGUAAAUAAAUAAUUAAAAAAAUAAACGAACGGACGAACAAAGGUAAUUAAGAAAGCACUGGGGACAUAAAAGGCAUCACGGGAGUGUAACUCACCACGAGCCACGUGUGAGGACGGGAUCUGGCCUGAGGAAGGAAGAGACCUUCAGGUGCUUUUGUGGUCAAUAAUGAAUUCAGCAUCGUCUGGUUGAACUCUGGGCAAAGAGCUAUAGAAACCCUUGUCAAAGCACAAAGUCAUGGCUGGUUUUGUUUCAAAUGAAUAGUUUGCUUGUUACCAUGGAAACCUAAUGGCCUGCCAAAAACAACGAAAA